AUGGGCUGUAGACUGCGCAUAGAUGCGCGUGCCAACCGGGAACCAGCUGCACAUGAUGCUUUUGUUGAAUCAAGUGGUUCACUAAAUACAGUUGCUACUUCUCUCAUGAAGAUAGCAAAUGACAUACGUUUCUUAGGAAGUGGUCCACGUUGUGGUCUAGGAGAACUCAUACUUCCUGAAAAUGAACCUGGCAGCAGUAUAAUGCCGGGGAAGGUGAACCCUACGCAGUGUGAGGCCCUUACAAUGGUUUGUGCUCAGGUUAUGGGCAAUCAUGUGGCAAUUACAGUGGGGGGAUCCAAUGGCCAUUUUGAAUUGAACGUAUUUAAGCCUGUCAUGGCCAGCAACUUGUUGCACUCGGUGAGAUUGCUUGGGGAUGCCUCUGCUUCCUUUGAAAAGAACUGUGUCCGGGGAAUCCAAGCCAAUAGAGACAGAAUUCAUAAGUUGUUGCAUGAGUCCCUCAUGCUUGUCACUUCUUUGAAUCCGAAAAUUGGCUACGAUAAUGCUGCAUUGGUUGCCAAGACAGCUCACAAAGAGGGAAGUACUUUAAAGGAAGCUGCAUUGAAACUCGGGGUACUUACUUCAGAAGAAUUUGAUACCCUAGUGGUUCCUGAGAAGAUGAUUGGCCCAUCCGACUAAAUCAUUGAGCAACAUAGAUAUUCUCCAAAGGAGAUCCUGAUAAUGUUAGGGUGGUUGAAGUGUAGUAACGCCUAGAGAGGCUAAUAUUUUUGAGGUUUUCUCGUCUUUCCUAAUUCGCGGGUUCACAUAACCUGUGUUCUCUUUGGAUUUUCGGAACCAUGCGUGUUGAGAAAGCCUCCUCAUUUGUGGCGGAGAUGCCUAAAAUAAGUACUACAACAAUUCUACAAUGUGAAAACUACGCUUAGUUGCAGUUUUAGAAGUUUUCAGAUGCUGUUUUCCUGAUGAAUAAAUGAUAAGUCAAUAGUGAUUUACGCCAACUCUUGAUAACUCUUGGCACUUGGAUAGUUGGAUCUAUUUAGUUUGUAAAUUUUGUUGCAGUCCAAGAUUGAAAUUUCUUUUUCAAGUUCAA